AUGAAAGAGGGCAACAGAAGCAUCUACAAAGCUAGGAACCUAAAUGCCCACCUGCGACAGUCUGUUGGUGAGUUGGAUGGAUCUCAUGCCAUUAAGAUUGAUAGAGACGGUGGAUCGCCGCUGGUGAGGGCAGCCGGGCAGAUUGAUAAGGCUCUUGGAAUUGUCAAGGAAAUGGAUUCCACUGCCUGUCGGCCAACAUCUUUCAUUUGUAGUGUUCUCGUACAUACCUAUGGGAUAGCAAAACAGAUUGAAGAUGCUGUGGAGACAUUCCUAGAAAUGGAAAGGAAUGGAAUUGAGGCUGACGUGGUAGCAUAUAAUUCCCCGAUUAGCGCCUUUUGCCAAGAUAACAAAUUUAAAAACGUGAAAAGGAUUUUGAGUGAGAUGGAGAGCAGGCGAGUUAAUCCCAACUCAGGGACCUGCAAUAUUAUUUUGACUAAUUUGAUUAAUAAUGGGGAAACCGAUGAAGCUUACAGCUUCUUCCGGAGAUUGAUCAAGGUUUGUGAGUCUGAUGCAGAAACAUAUACAAUGAUGAUAAAGAAGUUCUGCCUGAGGGAUGAGCUGGCGAUGGCUCUUAAGGUGUGGAAGUAUAUGAACUUGAAGCGAUUCAUACCAAGUAUGCACACUUACUCAGCUCUCAUAUAUGGCUUAUGCGAGAAGGGUAAUUUACCAAGGGCUUGUGACUUAUGGGAAGAGAUGAUGGAGAAAGGGAUCCGCUCAUCACGUAUGACUUUUGGGAGGGUAAGGCAAUUGCUUACAAAGGAAGGGAGAGAGGACGUGUUGUAA